AUGACUGACGAAACAAUCUUUUCCUUAACUCAUUGUUUUGCUAUAUUGACGGAACGUGUCAAAAACAAAACGAAAGAGCUGAAAGACGACAAGGUGUUUGAGAUGAUGAGCAAAGUGAUACAACAAAACGAAAGCUCCGAUAAAAAUCAAAAAAUAUUGGAGAUGGCACUUUCGCAGAAACUAAAAUUCGAAACCCUCUUUUUGGAGCAAAACGAACAGCUCCAAAUAAUAGAAACAGAAAUGGCGAAACUUCGCGCUGUCAUACAAAACGUGAAAACUGAAUCCGUUUCGGUACAGCAAAAGAUAGACUAUUUUGUUGAUAGAUGUGUCGAUAUAGAGGCGAGGAAGAGAGAGAUGGAAAUCGCAAAAGUAGACGAAAAUUUUUAUAAUCAAAAAAUUAUAUUGGAAAAAUUCCGCAGUGAAAAAUCUCACCAAAUCGAAAAAGACAAAAAAAACAAAAACGACGAAAGGUUGUCAUUUUGUCAGAUCGAGAGUGGCAGAACAAACGAACACUUGGACGCGCCAAAAAAAGAUGAAAAAGUACUCGGUAAUGAACAAAAUAGCGCAAAUGGCGUUAUUCAUACGUCAGAACAGGAAAAUGGCCAACUGCCUUUGGUAAUUAAGACCGAUUGUUUAUGUGGCACAGAAAUUCUUGCAACCAGACCCGAGUCGGAUGACGAAGAAGACCCAUAUGAUGAGACAAACUACGUUAUUGAAAACAGACCAAAAACAUUCUUCAUACCAGAGGAGUUCAGAGAGUCCAAGUGUAAAGUUGUUGAGAGACCGACACAGGUUGCUCUUGUUCCAAAAGAAGUUCCAAACGAAAUUGAAGUGGAUUGUUGUUUUGAAAACGUCAUCAAGUGGACUUCAUUCACCAAAAGUGAAAUCAUUUUUCAGAGUCGAAGUAUCAAAGAAAAUAUCAAAACUGUUUUUUUGGAGAAGAUAUGUGGCGUGCCCAACGUUUGUGUCAUUAUUACAGACGAUAAGGAAAAUGAAUUUGGUGCGUUUUUCGAAAAGGCACUCGACACAGAAAAGGAUGUUGGGGUUGAUAAGAAACACUUUCUCUUUAUAUCAAAAAAAAGUGGAGUUUUUUUUACAACUUUAAUCAAGCAAAAAGUGAAUGGUGUUGGAUUGGGUGUUGACUUGUUCAAUUCUAACGAACUGUUUUACAUUGGAAAUAACAGUUUUCACUUUGUUUCGGUGUCUAUUGAUGAAAAGGGUGCUGCGUACUCUCUCCCCACUAUUUAUCAAGUUGACGACUACUGGCUUAAUGGCACACAAGAAACUCCCUUUGCGGUUAAGAGUAUUGUUGUAGCAAGACUUUACUAA